AUGGCGCAAUCCAAACGGCCAAAGCUCAUCUCCCGCCAGAGCAUUUCUCACAGCAACAUGGCUUUACAACAAAAGUUACACGCACUGCCCAAACGAGACCGGCCGCAAACCGAUUACGAGCAAUGGAUGAAGGAGCAUGAUGCGAGCUAUGAGCUUUCCGGAGAGCCGCAGUACGACGCAAAUUUAAAGCAGCCUCCAGUGAUGCCCAGCUCAAGUGGAAGAGACAAGUCUACUAAGAAUCUCUCGCACGGUUCUCAUUAA